ACUUCUAGUUAAUGUUACUAUGAAAUAAUGAAUCUCAUUCAUCUCAUGUCCUUUAUAACAUAUACAUUUAAUGCUCAGGAUAACAUAUCACAUAUCAAAUUUUUAUCGUGACUUUUAUGUUGAGGUUUUUAUGUCUUUUUAACUUUGGCUUCCAAUGUUGCUGUUUUUCAAACGUCAGUUCAUUGGGACGAUGUAAUCAUAGCACAGGCCCAUAUAACAUAUUGUACUGCACUAUCAUAAUAUUAGAAUGUACUGUCUCUUUAAAUUUCCAACUGCCAUCCAAUAGCCAGACCCAUCGACCAAUAGGAUCGCAGGGCUUUACAAAUAAACAACAACAGAAAAUGACAGUUGGUGCCAGUCUGCGAUUGCUCUUCUAGAGUUGAGACCGGCUCCUUAUUUCUCUGCGAGAAGUGACUUUUUUGGACAGCGACCCUCAUCAAUUUCUACAGAUUUUGAGGAGAGGAGGAGAGGCGAAGAGGAGGAGAGGCGAGGAGGAGGAGGAGGAGGCGAGCAGGAGGCGGAGGAGAGGAGGAGGCGGCGGAGGAGAGGAGGAGAGGCGAGGAGGAGGAGAGGAGGAGAGGCGAGGCGAGGAGGCGGCGAGGAAGAGAAGAAAAGAAGAGGCGACACCAUGAGGAAGAGGAAGAGAGAACUGACAGCCCUUUAUGAGGAGGAGUGUUCAGCAUCUGCCACCCAGGAGGAGCCGGAGAAGACGGAGGACCAGCCAAAGGAGGAGGAGACGGACGGCAAGCCAAAGAAGAAGAGGGAGCAGACGGACGACAACCGGAGGGAGACCACUGAUGACGCCAUUCUACAGCCGGAGGAACGGGCCGCUUUUUACAGACUCUUGGACGAAGGACACAUCCAGCUAUUUCUAGGCAGGGACAGCUGCUAUAAGAUCGCGGACAAGUAUCUCCUGGCCAUGGUCCUCAUCUACUUCAGAAGAGCCAACCUGCGUACAGAGGAAUAUAACACCUACUUCUUUCCAGCGCUGUUUCUUGCCAACCAGUUUGAAGAGGAUGAGAUGUUUCGACGCGAGAUCUACCCCUGGGCCCUCGGACCGAUGUGGACGGCGAUGAAGACCUGGAUGCUACACCUGCGGAACCUGCUGCUCCUCCGGAUGAGAUUCCACGCUUGGGUGACCAGAGACACCUGUGAUCUGAUCAUGGCACAAGACCCCGAGUACUGGGCAUGGAAGAGAGAGCGGAAGGAACAUCAAGGCUGGGCCAUACGCUGGUACCGGAGGGAUCCUGGAGAAUACAUCCCGAGAGGCCCAUGGUGGAUCCCUCCCGCCUGCUCUGUCUGUAUCACCAAUCUGCAGCCUUGUGCCGGGGAAGAGAACACCAAGCAAAGAAGGACGAAGAAAGAAGAACAGAAUGGAUGAAGACCAAGCCGCCCCAGAUGUAUUCUUAAGGGCACGUUCCCACUUGGCCUAUACGUAGCAUAUUUCACG